AUGGGAAUUGAUAGACCACAAAACUACGACCAGUUGUCUGAACCCCGAAUCCUCUCUCUUUCUCACCAGUGGGACAACUCAAGCACAGACCAAACAGUCCAGGCAGUACAUGAAAAAUGGACGAACUUGCUGGAUGUCAUCAUUCCAAGUCAAGGCGCAGAUGUCCGUCAGCUGCCCCCUAGCGUGAGCGCAGUUGUCCCCGGUAGCAGAGGUGCUUUUCCUCUAGGCCUUGGUCAUGCAGUUCACUAUGUUGCUCCGAGGGUGGUGCUUAUUGGAGAUGCUGCACACAGGGUACAUCCUUUGGCAGGGCAAGGUGUUAAUUUGGGUUUUGGAGAUGUGGCAGCACUGCUAGAGACUUUGGAGAAAGCAGUCCUUUUGGGAGCUGACAUAGGUGAUGUAAGAGAACUCUACAAAUAUGAGAGUGAACGGCAGAAGCACAACAUGGCAACUAUGGCCUCUAUUGAUGGGCUUUACCGUUUGUAUUCCACUACUGCCACACCAAUUGUCCUUCUCAGAUCGCUUGGCUUAUCAGCUGUCAACACUCUCUCUCCCCUAAAGAGAUACAUAAUGAAGCAUGCAGAGAGCUAAGGGCCAAUAGCAGCAGUUGUAAAUUAUUAUGUGAUAUUUAGAAAUGUUUAUAGAUUGAAAAGUGUACAUAAUAUUGAAAGUUUUCCAUUGUCAAUAAAAUAUGAAUCCAG